AGUUCGCAGCAGCUAGUCUUACUGUCCGUAAAUCAAAAGACGGUAACGGUUUUCGUCAUUUAGGUCUAUUUUCCAGCGAAGGAUAAAGCCGAAGGGCCCUCGUCUCGGUCUCCGAAUCUUUAGUUUAGGGUUGAGAUCGGAAGGCAAAUUUCGCUCGCAAUUAGGGCUGUGUUUCGCCUAAUUUCCUAGAUCUACUCCAUUUCACCGCCCGAAUCAAGCGAUUGGGCUAGGGUUUCUUGAUUUGCUGAUCUUUUUAGGGUUUCUUUGCUAGGAAUCAUGAACGAUCCGUCGCAGAUGCUGAGCCGGACUUUCGGGAUGUGGCAGCAGCAGCCGCAGCAGCAGCAACAGCCGCAACCGCAGGCACCACUGCCGCCACUUCCGCCGCAGUCGGCGGCGUCCUCCGUGACGGACGAGCCGAUGGGGUUUCAAAACUCUAGGCCGGUGUUCGCGCACACCGGAGCGAAACCAGGAAGAGCUAACUGGAACAACAACAAGCGGAAGCAGGCUUCGGCCCCUGCUGGAGCUGGUUCUGUCGGUGCUGGUCCAGGUGUUUUACCCUCCAUGGGCGCCGCCACCGGCAUUUCCGGGUACAAACCCCCGACGUUAACUGAGUUACAGUAUCAGAACCGUCUGAAGGCUAGGCGCUUCUACCCAAAAAAGAAAUUUAGUCGUUUUGCCCCAUUUGCCCCGCGAAACACCACAUCUUUCAUCAUUCGUGCCAAAAAAUCGGGCGGGAUUGCGUCUUUGGUAUCGCCUUGUCCUGUGACGCCAGCGAUCCUCCCCACACCAACCUUCUCCCCUUCCAGAGAGGGAUUGGUUGAUAUGGCUAAGGAAGAGUGGGGCGUCGAUGGAUAUGGAUCCAUGAAGGGUUUGAUUCGGCUUCGUUCGCCAACUGCUGGCGGCAGCCGGAGUAAAGGUGGGGCUGAAGAGGAUGAUGAUGUCGAGGAUGGUUCAAGCGAGAGUGAUGUGGAGGAGCAUGUGGAGGUAGAGAGGAGGCUCGACCACGACCUCAGUCGAUUUGAGAUAGUCUACCCGAGCUACGGGGAAGAGCAAGGAGGCGCUACUUCUGCAGCUUACUUAUUAGAAAACAGAGUGGAUGAUCAGGACACUCACAUUGCUCAGCUGGAAGAGGAGAACCUCACUCUCAAAGAAAGGCUUUUCUUAAUGGAGAGGGAGAUGGGUGAGCUUAGAAGAAGACUGAUGCUUUUGGAGACCGACUACAGAUUACACAAUGAGAGGAAUAACAACAACAAUGAACAACAUGCCGAUCAGGACGAUAAUUUAAAUGCGAAGGAGGAGACAUCGGAGAAUGAUGGAGGAGGAGAUCUGUGUUCGGAGAAAAGUGUUGGAGACUGCGAGGAGAGCUGUGGAAUUCCCCUGCAAGAGUAAAGGGAGUAAAUUUAACCCCCCUUAAUGUACAUAUUGCACCUUGUCUUACAAACUUUUCCUGCCUUAAUAUGUGUUUUUCUUAUCCUUCGCUUUUGAUGGCUAGUGUUAGACUGGUUAUAUGUAGUGAUAUCUCAUAACGAGUAGCUCAUGCAAAGGUAAAAAAUAAUGUCUUUUUCUUAUCA